AUGCGAUUCAAUAUGCAGACGCCCCUGGGACUUGGCUCCCUGUGUACCUCACUGUUCUCGUUCCUGUGUCGCGAUUCGGGCCAUAUCAUUCAUCACCCAGCACAGCCGCCCUCCUACCCGCUCGCCGUCCGCAACCCGUACUUGUCAGCAUGGAUGCCCAGCGACCGCGUGCAGCAGCUUCCCUAUGCUGACUCGCAGUUCUGGGCCGGCCAGGAACUUGGCUGGUCCGUCAUCGUUCGUAUUGAUGGCCAGGCCUAUAGUCUGAUGGGCGUGCCGGACUUGGAAGCCAGCAACAUUCUUCCUGCCAAGGUGCGCCGCGCCGAGUUCACAGCAACCCAUUCGCUCUUUGAUCUCACGGCGGGCGGAAUCGCAUUGACCUUGGACUUCUUUUCGCCUGUUUCGCCCUCUAACUAUCUCCGGCAUUCGCUGCCUUUCAGCUAUUUAACCGUCGAGGUUAAAGGCGCCCAUGGAGCUGAUAUCCAGGUCUAUUCGGAUAUCGACGGGAGGUGGACGGGUAGAGAAGACCGCUCGGUCCAUGACUUUGAGGAGCAUGACGGGCUUGUCGUCCACUCCCUAUCGGUGGCAGAUGCAGAAAGGUAUGCCGAAGCGAACGACAUGGCCCUCUGGGGUGACGUGAUUCUUGCCUCUCGCCAGUCGAAUUCGAGUACACUCUCGGCACUCGCAGGUGAGGCGAAGACAGUACGCAGCCGUUUCGUCCAACAUGGCGAUCUUUCAGGCCAAGAAUCCACUUGGUCCCACCAAAGUAUUGUGGCUGUCGCCCACAACCUGGGAAGCAUCACUGGUGGUGCUUCUGUAACUUUCGCCGUGGGAUACGAGAGAAAGGAGGCCAUCAAUUACUUGGGCGAGGCUUACACGGGCUACUACCGAGCAUACUACCCGACCACGCACGAAGCCCUUGCCUUCUUUCUGGAUGACUACGGGGAUGCUUCGUUAGAGUCUCUAAAACUGGAUCACGAAAUGGUGUCCUUUGCGACAGCUACUGCCGGCCCCAAAUAUGCCGAUAUCGUAGCCUUGUCAACGCGACAGGCAUACGGAGGCAUGGACCUGACAAUCUCCAACGAAUCGCUGGACACCGAUGGCGUGCUGGCCUUCAUUAAAGAGCUUUCCAGUGAUGGUAAUGUCAAUACCAUCGAUGUCAUCAUGCCGGCUUUCCCCAUCUACUGGGUCAUGGAUCCGAAUUGGAUCCGGCUGCUGCUCGAGCCUAUCAUGAGAUAUACGGCUGCCGGUCGCUGGCAUUUGCCCUAUACUAUUCACGACCUUGGGUCGCACUAUCCAAACGCCAUCGGUCAUGAUGACCAGCAAGCUGAGCCUAUGCCUAUCGAAGAGUGUGGUAAUCUACUCGUUCUUGCACUUGCCUAUGCGCAGGCGACCGGAGACACCGACUGGACCGAUCAGUAUAUGGGCAUCUUCCAGAAGUACGCCGAUUACUUGAUUGAGAACGGCAUCGACAUCGCCAACCAGCUUUCUUCCAAUGACGCCGCCGGGCCUCUCCCCAAUGAGACCAACCUGGCUAUCAAGGCAGCAGUCGGUAUCAAGGCAUUCGGCGAACUAAGUGGGUAUGAACUGUACUCGCGGAUUGGUGAGGAACAUGCAGAUCUAUUCUUCUCCGAGGGCCUGGGCACAGAUGAAGGACAGACCCAUUUCGUGUUGCAGUACCCUGGCUUCCCGGAGUCCUGGAAGACACCCUACAACCUCUUUCCAGAUGUCCUGUUGGGUCUCGGGACGUUCUCUGACGAUGCAUAUCAAAUGGGAAGCGCCUUCUUCUCGACCGUUCGUGGCGAGUACGGUGUGGCUUUGGACAGUCGACAGGACUGGGCCAAAUCGGAUUGGAACAUGUGGCUAGCGGGUACAUUUGAUACGAGCACGCGGGACGAGUUCGUCGAUGAUCUGUGGGAAUUCAUGACCAACAGCAAACAUAAUUGGCCGUUCUCGGAUCGGUACGUCUCGACCUCCAAGCACGGCAAUGAGCCGGGUACUCCUAUUCUGUGCCGUGCUCGCCCAACCGUCGGUGGUCACUUUGCCUUGUUGGCAUUGAAGGGACCUGCGUCGAUGCAGUCUCUGUCCAACCAGACAUCUGCAUAUGGCAUGCCAGCCCGGAAAGCUGAUAAACUGCGGCAAAACCACGUUAGUGAGCUUUGA